UUCUCCUCUUUUAUUUCAUGUCUACUCAAUGUUGUACAAAAACCAGAAAAAUUCACUUUUAGUAUAUAUGAACCAAAUCGAGCUAAAACUGAUCGAUUUGAGCUAAUAUUUACACCAAAUUACACAACGAGCAUAUCGAUCAAAGGAAGUUUUUUAGCGGAAACUGAAAUUCUUCAUGAAACCCUAAUAGGAAAUCAAAUGAAGAUGGAAUCUGCACUAGUAUCAUGCUUAAAUUAUUCAUGUACAGAGAGCUUGUGAUUUAAUCUGCAUAACAAAAAUGUUGUUGUACAGGUUCUGGGGGUUCAGUAAUAUAUUGAAGAAACUGUGCGUUAUAGAUUCUACAUUAUUGCUAGUGAGGUAGAAAAGGAAAGCCAAAAAAGAAAAGAAUUUCAAGCAUGAAUCAAGAUAGAGAAAGUGUUGCUGUUGAAGGGGAUAUAGAAGAUAAAAUUAGUAUUCUACCAAGAAAUGUUAUUGAUUGUAUCCUUGAGAGCUUGCCCGUUAAAGAAGCUGCAAAAACUUGUACUUUGUCCAAAAGUUGGAGAUACAUUUGGAGCGAGCUUCCAAAAAUGGUGCUGGAUUACGAAUUUUGUGAUGAGUUAAUAGAAGAGUCUGAAUCCAAAUUUAGAGAAGUAGUUGAUGAGAUUAUGUUAUUGCAUAUGGGAAAGAUUGUGAAGUUUGUUCUUGACGUUAGAGUAGAAGAUUUAGCUUCAUAUACAGCUAGUGACAGAUGGGUUCUUUAUGUCACCAGAAACAAUGUCAAGAAGCUAAGCCUUAGAAUUUCAAAUAUCUAUGAUCAUACCUAUACACUGCCUCCUUGUUUAUUUCACUGUUCAACACUGACACAGUUGAAACUCGCUAACUGUUCCUUCAAACCACCUGGUUAUUUUCUUGGCUUUCCCAAUCUUGUAACCCUUCAGUUGGCUUCAGUAACCUUUUCAGAGUUUUGUGUUAUCAAGGCCCUUCUUCUUGCUGAUUUGACCUUGAACUGUUGUGAUGGUAUACAAUACCUAAACGUUGUUUCACCGGUGUUGAAGUCCUUGUAUGUUUGUUACCAUCACUCUUAUAUCGCGCUAAAUUGCUUUAUGAACUGCAAGAAUUUGAGAGAUUUAGUACUUCUAUUUGACGACGUGGUUGAUAAUCCAAAUCAUGAUCAUAGAUCAACGUUGGAGAAAGUUCUUGUUAGCUUGCCUGCACUUGAGGUACUUGUGUUGGAUUCACCUUUCAUUGAGUUUUUGAGUGCAGAUGUAGUUCCAUCAAAUGGUCCUCCUUUUAUGCUCAACUGCUUGCAGAGUCUGUCGCUCUGUGUUGACUUUGGCAAAUUGGGUCAUAUUUCUUCCAUUCUGCAAUUAAUUAAGUCUUUCCCCAAUUUGAGUAAACUUGAGAUUUCGGUCGAAGGUACCUAUGAUAAUGCUGAAGCAUUUUUGAAAUGUCUGAAGAUGCCUGGCUUCUUGGAACUACCACUAUACAAGCUCGAGUUUGUGAGCUUCUAUGGUUUUGUGAGUACAAAAUGUGUGCUGUUUUUGGCAAUGAUAUUCCUUUCUCAUGCACCAUCUUUGCUAAGGAUCUUCAUUGAACAACCGAUAGGCAUUGAUUCCAGUAAUGUCGCCAUAGAAUUGAGUCGUUUACCCAGAGCUUCUCCUAUGGCUGAGCUAGUCUGCAAUUUGAGGGUUGAAACACUCAUGGUGAGUGCAGAUCAUAAUAUCAAGAAACUCCAAUCCCAAAUCUGGUCAGCUAUAAGCUCGAAUAGAAUUCAACUGCUGCUAUACUUGGAUCAACAAUAUUAAAUUAUGCUAUCUUCUUGAAUUAUACAAGUACUAUUGGUCUUGAAACCUUUUUCCAAUCUGUGUCAGCCUUCAACAUUAUAGAAUUCGUAGUAACUUAUUUAUCCACCUUGCCAUAGAAUGAAAUGCCACCAGAUAAAACAUCUUGUAUAAUAUUUUCUUUU